AUGAGCGCCUAUGAGAAGGAAAGGACCAUAAUCGAUUGCAAAAGGGUCAUAAAUAAUGUUUUUAGAACCACUUGUAAUGUGAUUACGCAAGUUCCGGCCAGCGUUUGUGAUGGCUUGCAAAUUAAGGGACUGAAAACAGUGGAUUUUGAAAUACUUGAGGCGGGAUAUGAUCCUAUACUCAAUGUCUUACAAUUUCCGUUGAAAAGUGUGGCGAAUGUAGUCGUUGGUGAAAAAUUAUUCCAUUUGAAAAAUGGUUUGGAGGUAACACACCAAAAUGAAAAUAUAUCUGGAAUGUUACUAUACGAACAAGGAUCUAAUCAGAAAGCCAUUGUCGUUACAAAUGUGUUAGAUUUCUUAGUACUAAUAGCUCAUCGCUUAGAAUCAUAUAGCAUUGUUUGCCUUCCAUAUGGACUCAAAACAUUACCUCAAGAAUGUUUACCGGCAUUAGAAAAGUAUAAAGAAUUAAUUCUUUGGUUUAAAUGUGAUUCGCUAGACUGGGAUGCUGCCAAGACAUUUUCCAAAAAACUUGACGAAAAACGCUGUCUUUUGAUAAGGCCGACCGACACGGAGCCCAGUCCAUUUGAAGCCCAAAGGAAACGUCUCAAUAUUCGUCAGAUUUUGCAAAAGUCAACACCAGUGAAACAUAAAUCAAUUACAACAUUUAACAGCUUGAGAAGCGACAUUCUUAGCGAGCUACAAAAUAUAGAAAAAGUGAACGGCGUCAAAUGGAAGAGAUUCCCAAUCCUAAACAAACUUCUUAAAGGCCACCGGAAAGGAGAACUGACAAUUAUAACAGGACCUACCGGAAGUGGUAAAACAACAUUUAUGAGUGAAUAUUCAUUGGAUUUGGCGCUGCAAGGUGUGGCCACGCUAUGGGGUUCAUUUGAGAUAAGAAAUGCCCGGCUUGCUUCAACGCUGUUAAGACAAUUUGUGGGUUAUUCACUGGAAAAGAAACUGCAUGAAUUUGAUCAUUGGGCCACAGAGUUUGAAAAGUAUCCCUUGUACUUUAUGACAUUCCACGGCCAACAACCACUGAAAUUGGUACUGGAAGCCAUAGAACAUGCUCACUAUGUUCACGACAUCAGUCAUGUUAUCAUUGAUAAUUUGCAAUUCAUGAUGGGCAUUUCAAGUACAUAUCGUAGUGAUAAAUUUUGGGAGCAAGAUAAUAUUAUUGCCGCCUUUCGUUCAUUGGCAACUAAACACAAUCUCCACGUGACAUUGGUAAUGCAUCCUCGCAAGGAACGGGAAGAAGAUGAUCUGACAGCAAGUUCUAUAUUUGGUUCUGCUAAGGCUAGCCAAGAGGCUGAUAACGUUUUAAUAAUACAAGAUAAACGUUUAACCUCUUUGAAAGGCAAAAAGUACUUACAAAUAGUAAAGAAUCGAUAUAGUGGAGACUUGGGUAUUAUGCCAUUAGAAUUUAAUAAAGAAGCCCUAAGUUAUGCGUCAUCUGGCCAAAAGAAGAGGAAGGAAAGAUCACAAGGUACAAAUGACGAAAUUGCACAGAGCUCGUAA